UCGAAAACAUAAGUACACAACUUCUGUCUAUUCAACUUCCCACCUAAAGAUACUCUCUUUGCAGAUUUUUAGGAAGUAGUGAACCCCCCAAAAGGUCCUGUCUUGUGUUCAAUCUCGGCCUCCAUUGAUGGAGGAGAGUCCAAUUCAAGAGCAAGAAGAUGUGCUUCUGGUUUCACCGACUGGCGGAGGAGACCCAUUUCACAAAAAAGCCUACUUUCUGAAACCCAUUGUCCCUAUUUCCUCCAUUGAUCAUGAACCUCCUUUUAAGCUCCCUCAGUGCCCUUUUCGUUUUGACCCAAAACAGUGGCCUUUGGAGGUUGAAUUCCACGGUUGGCGACAAGGUCAAGAAGAUUGGAAUUCUUGGGUUGAUCGCUUGGCUCCUAUUCACCAAUCUACAUGGAAAAGAGCUGGUAUUUAUGAUGCCAUCUUUAAUUCUAAGUACCAAAUAAGAAGAAAGACUGAUUUGGUUUUCGGGUUUGCGGAGAAAUGGUGUUCUGAGACCAAUACCUUCAUCUUUCCUUGGGGUGAAGCAACGAUUACAUUGGAGGAUGUCAUGGUUUUGGGAGGCUUUUCGGUUUCCGGGGACUCUAUUUUCAGUCCACUUGAAAGCAUUGAACUAAAAGAAGUGGAAGAGAGGUUGAUUAAGGUAAGGAAAGAAGUUAAGAGAGCGAAGGCAAGCAAAUGGCUGCAGAAGUUUGUGAACAGUGAGAGUGAAUUGGAGCAUGAAGCAUUUCUUGCCUUCUGGUUGUCAAGGUAUGUUUUUUUCGAUGGUGAUAGUUUAAUACAAAAGCGUGUUUUUCCCAUUGCAAUUCAUUUAGCUAGGGGGACUCGAAUUGCACUUGCACAGCCUGUUCUUGCUGAUAUUUAUAAUGAUUUGAGUUUGCUCAAUAGUACAAUUGUGGCUUCAAUUGAAUUAAAGACCGGUGAUUGUGUCUUGAACGUGAAACUCAAGUCACCAUUUCAAUUAGUUCAGGUUUGGGCAUGGGAAAGAUUUUUGGAACUUAGGCCAAUAUUCAAUGUCAUCAAAUAUGGUGAGCCGAGAUUGGCUCGAUGGGAUAAAGCAAAUGGUCUGAGUAUUGAAAAUUUAAGAAGUGUUUUAGACUCAGCUGGAAAUGCCUUCAUGUGGCGCCCUUAUGCCAUGGCCAUUGAGAACUGGAAUUUUCCUAAAUACUACUCGGAAAAGGAAAUGUGGGUUGGUCCUGGUUUGGAUGAUGAGUUCCUGCAAUUUUCCAUAUGCUUGAGGGUGACGAAGUUAGUUGGAUUCAAUACUAGGAAACAAUACUUUCCACAUCGAGUAGCUAUGCAAUUUGGAUAUGAUCAAGACAUUCCAUGUAAGAUUGCUCAAUCCAAAGUAUCCAGGAAGCAUUGCAGUGACAAAACUGAGAUUGUAGGAUUCUACAUUCCAUCCAGACUUUCUGAGCCGAAUGUUAGUGCAAGAUACUUGAAGUGGUGGAAUGAAUCAGUGUCAGGUCUCAAAGACACAAGUGAGGUCACUAUGCCCCAAAAGAAGAAAGCAAAGAGGAUGGAAGGAUCACUAGUAAGGGCUAAACAAUCCCCAGUACAUCCUGAAUAUCCUCUUAAGAAAAAUUUAGAACGUUCUAAAAAGAGGAAGAGAAAGGAGAGCUUAUGCUUUAGGCAGAGUGCCCCAGACAUCAUGGUUGAAGAAAAAGAAGAGCUUAUGGUUUCACCAACUGGUGGAGACCCAUUUCCCAAAAAAGCCUACUAUCUGAAACCAGUUGUGCCUUCCUCCAUUGAACAACCCCCUUUUAAGUUCCCUACUGAAUCUUUCUCCCCCCUUCCUUCUGAUUUUGAGCCAAGAAAAUGGCCAUUAGAGGUUGAUAUCCCUGGAUGGAGAGUUAAGGGUCAAAAAGAUGAUUGGAAUGAUUGGGUUGAUCAAUUGGCUCUAGUCCACCAAUCUACGUGGAAGACAGCUGGCAUAUAUGAAGCCAUCUUCAAUUCGACCUAUGAAAUAAGAAGAAAAAACGAUUUGGUAUAUGGUUUUGCAGAAAAGUGGUGUUCUGAGACUAAUACAUUCAUUUUUCCUUGGGGUGAAGCAACAAUCACAUUGGAGGAUGUUAUGGUGAUGGGAGGCUAUUCAGUUCUUGGAGAGUCGAUUUUCAGUCCUCUUGAAAGCAGAGAGCUCAAGGAAAUAGAAGAGAAACUUAAUCAAGAGCGAACAGAGAUAAACAGGGGUGCGUCGCGUAGACCUUCUACUAGCUUAUGGUUGAAGAAAUUCAUGAACAGUGGGACUUUCUUGGAGCACGAAGCAUUCCUUGCAUUUUGGUUAUCAAGGUAUGUAUUUCCGGAUGCUCAUAGUACAAUACAAAAGCAUGUUUUCCCAAUUGCAAUUCAUUUAGCUAGGGGCACCCGAAUUGCACUUGCACCUGCUGUUCUUGCAAGUAUUUAUAAGGACUUGACUUUGUUGAAAUGCGCAAUUGUGGAUUCAAGUAAGUUAAGGACAGGUUGUGAUGCUAUAAAACUCAGCAUCAAGUCACCAUUUCAAUUUGUUCAACUUUGGGCAUGGGAAAGAUUUGUAGAGCUGAGUCCAAAUCCCAGGAUGAUCAAUUUUGCGCAGCCAAGAUUGGCUCGAUGGGACAAAGUAAGUGGCGUGGAAGUUGAAAACUUGAGGAAGGUUUUAGACUCUGCCGGAGAUGGUUUCAAGUGGCGUCCUUAUGCCUUGACCAUUGAAAACUGGCAGUUGCCUAAGUACUAUCCUGUAGAGGGAAUGCAUGUAUCAGAUUGUUGGGGUUUGGAUGAUGAGUUGCAUUCAUUUUUCAGAUGCUUGAGGGUUAGUGAGUUAGCUGGAUUCGGUACCAUUGAGCAGUACCUUCCGCAUAGAGUAGCAAUGCAAUUUGGUUUUGAUCAAGACAUUCCAUGCAUUGUGGCUCGAUCCAAUCAAAGUACUGAUAUAGCCUGGAAUCAUUACAUCAAGGAAAUUCAGAAUGCAAGGUUGUAUGUUCCAUCCACGCUUUCAAAGGCAGAUAUUAGCACAAGAUACUUGAAGUGGUGGAAGGAAUCAGUGUCGGGUCUCAAAAAGUCCACCAUGUCAAAAUUAGAAAAUUCAAAAUGCAUGGGAGGAUCCCUACCUAGGGCUAAACCUGCCCCUGUAGAUCCUGGUUCUGCCCCAGAGAAAGCUGUAGAGGGUUCUAAGAAACGGAAGAAGAAUAAUGAUUUCACUCUUCCUUCUGUUUCUGUUCCUAAGUACUCAGAUGAAGGUAAUGAUUCCCUUGUUCUGCCAGGAUUUCCUCCCAAAUGUAGUAUAAUGGAAGCUGGAGGUUCAGUGGAUGAAGAUGGACUAACUUUAUCAGAAAUUUGGAAAUAUUGUAAGAAACAGAAAAAUGUAAAUACGAGAACAUGUGGUCAGCAUAAGAAGUUAGCAGGUCAAGUUCAAAGUCUGGCAUCUUCAAUUGGAGCAAGUUCUGUUGAUACUAUGAAGUCAGAGAGGUUGGAAGAUAGAGGUCCGAUAGAUGAGGAUGGACCAAGUUUAUCAGAAACUUUUGAAAAUUCUAAGAAACAUAAAAAUGGUGAAACUAGAAUGUGUGGUGACAGUGAGAAAUUAUCAGGUCAAGGUCAAGAUCUGGCAUCUUCAAUUGCAGAAAGUUCUGUUGACACUGUAAACUCAGAGAAAUUGGUGACAGAGGACAUGUUGAAUAAAGUUUUGAUUGGAAGAUUCAGGGCCGAAAGAAACCUGAAAACUGUAAUGAGGAGUAAUGCAAGAAGUUCAGAUAAUGAGAUGGCAAGCAUCGUUGACAAUGAAUGUGCUAGCAGCAGCUCUCAAAUUGAGAAAAGGGUUUCAGUGCUUAAAGCUAGGGCCAGCAGGCUUGAGAGUAUAGUUAGCAUGUUGAAAGAAAAUUAUCCUUGGACCAAGUUCUAGGGUAAAGCAAACGAAACAAAGCAUCCUCUAAUUUGGGAAAUGGAAGGGAGAGUCAAACUCUGUCAAAUCAGGAACUAGGUUAUCUGUAUAUAUUUUAUGGAUUGAAGCAGAAUGCAGUUGGAAUCUCUUGGUAAAUGGGAAGGGGAGCCAAGAUUAGAACUCUGCAAGUUUGGGGAACUUUUGUCUUUUGUAGAUUAGAAGGCAGCCAGAAUCUCUUGGUAACUAGUCCUUCAAAUUCACUUGAACCUAGGUGGAUCUUGUACUUGCAUUCUCACUGUAAACUUGCAAAGACUGUGGACCUAAGAACUUGCUUUUAUCUUAUUCUUUACUCUCUUUUUUGUCCAUUGUCUCUAGUCUCCUAUAAACAAUCUCAUUCGCUAUGUGUAAUCUUGCUGCACGUUCACUUCUGGCCAUGAAAACAUAACUCUUAAGUCGGUUGAUGUUGAAUUAAUUAGCACAAAGCUACUAGCUUGCAAAGUGUUAUGGCGUCUCAAAUCCAUACAUGGGACACUAUGGCUUUGAUAAAUUUAUCACAUUCAUUUAUGAGGAAAGUGCAUUUUUCUAUCUUUUCAAAUUAUAGCUUGUCGCAGUCUUCAAUAUCAAAGGCAAAUCAGAAUAUCUUUCUGGUACAUGCACAAAGAACCAUUUCCAGAACAACUCUUG